AUGGAUAUACACUCUUCCUUGCCCACCAGCCAGUCGUUCCAGCUCCUGGAACUUCAGCCUGAGUUGAAAGACUCGAUCACCAUCAGGCUGAUCGUUACAGACCUGCACAAUGCUCCAGCUUUUGACGCGUUGUCUUACACCUGGGAAAACCCACUCUCACAGUUUAUAGAUGAUAGCAGCAACUUCACAGACACAGCAAAGUUCAAUCUGUUGUGUGGUGGCCGAAAGAUCCCCAUCAAGGGGAACCUGCACAGGGCGCUACUGAGGCUUCGUGAUCUGGACCUGUCCCGGUUCGGUCGAUCUGUGUCAAAGUACCUAUUUGCGGACGCUAUAUGUAUCAAUCAAGGAGACCAUAAGGAGAAGGCGGCUCAAGUGAGGAUGAUGGGGGAGAUCUUCGCAGCCGCAGAAAAGGUACUAGGCUGGCUAGGACCGGAAGACCAAACAACUCCUGAUGUUUUUACCGUCAUUGACAGCUUGUCCACGAUCCCGCGCGACAGGUACACUGCCGUCACGGCGGCUGACUUAUGGAAGCCAGAGAUUUACCCAUCGAAACUCGACAUCUCGCCGCUGACUUAUCAGCAUUGGCUCGCUCUUGUGGCCUUUUUGUGUCGCCCCUUCUCCGAGCGAGUCUGGAUCAUUCAGGAAAUGGUCGCUGCAAAGGAGAUCUUUCUCAUCUGCGGGACGAGGGUGUACACUUGGGAGACUGUCUCGGCCGCCUUGUCCUUCUUGACUUACAGCAGGUGGUUUCUGCUCCUCCAUACCGAUCAGAUCUCCGUCGCCAAUGUGGUGCUUGAGAAUAUUCCGGUCUACCAGAAAUUGAUGAAGGCCAAAAUCCAUGCCGGUCAAAGCGCGUGGCAUCUCUUCCAUGCCAGAAACGGGAUGGUCGUGACUGGCAAGGCUUGGACGCUACCGUCGCUUCUGCUGAACCACCGCUACUGUAAGAGCAAAGACGCGCGAGAUCGGGUGUACACCUUGUUGGGAAUUGCGAGGAAGAACCACCGUCCGUUUGACACACAGCCUCACCUGCGAGAAGUCGAAUAUUCUGAUUCCAUGACGGCACAACGUCUGUUUACACGUACAGCGAGAUCACUUCUGCGCGCUUGGGAGGAUUUGUCAUUCCUUUCCCACAAUGAGGGCACUUUCGCAACCGAGGUUAGCGGCCUGCCAUCCUGGGUUCCCGACUACUCUGUCGAAUGUAUGCCUGAUCCUCUUUCACGGCGGACUUCAUCCUGCAAGUGGAAAGCAGCAUGCGAUCUGAAAUGA